AAUCGCAAUUUUGGCACCUUUGUUUCCACUGUCGGCUCCACGAAGGAGGUGUAGCUGCGGCACACGCCGGUUUGGCACAAAUCCUACAUUUCACUGUGAAGCUAGCAGUAAAAUCUGAGGUGUCAAUGUGAUAUGCGACCGUUUUUUUGUAGCGUUUAAUCUCGCGCCUGAUCAAAGCGACGGCGGUGUGCGAUCAGCUGACGGUGAUUUAACAGUAUGAACGAAUUUUAGAGUCAGUUCCAUUCUGCAAUCAAGAGUGUUGGGGGUCUUGUGUCACAGGGCAGUUGGUGCGAAAUGGAGAUCCUUCAUUCAUCACUUCUUGUCCGGCUUUGAAUCGGCUCAUUCACGACUCUGAGUGAAGUGGCGCGGCGAGAGGGAGGAGUUAACCAGCGGUGGACACAGCCUUGUAGCAGACAUGACAGGAAUCCUGAAGAGGAAGUUUGAGGAGGUGGAGGGAGCAUCGCCCUGUUCGUCGCUGAGGGAGUCUGAGGAAGAGGAGAUAUCGAGCACUGAGAGUGGAGACAGUAGUGACAGCGUCAACCCGUCGGCCUCACACUUCAGCCAUUCAUCAUCAGCAGCAUCCUCAUCAUCAAACACACUGCAGCGCACUGCAUCCUCCAUUCUGAAGCGCGAAAAGCGGAUGAGGACGCGUCGUGUACACUUUGAAAAGGUGACGGUGUAUUACUUCAGCCGUAGACAGGGCUUCACUAGCGUGCCCAGUCAGGGUGGCAGUACUCUUGGCAUGUCCAACAGACACAGCUGCAUCAGGCAGUACACACUGGGCGAGUUUGCCAUGGAGCAGGAGAGGAUCCACAGAGACAUGCUUCGAGACCACCUUAAAGAGGAGAAACUCAACUCUAUACGACUCCAGUUGACGAAGAAUGGUUCUGUAGAGUCAGAGGAGGCGAACACGCUCACAGUGGAUGACAUCUCUGAUGAUGACCUGGACAUUGACAACACUGAGGUGGACGAAUACUUCUUCCUGCAGCCUUUGACCACGAAGAAGCGUCGUGCUCUUCUGCGCUCAUCUGGUGUUAAGAAGAUGGAUGUGGAGGAGAAACAUGAGCUGCGGGCCAUCAGGGUGUCCAGAGAGGACUGCGGCUGCGACUGCCGACUCUUCUGUGAUCCCGAGACCUGCACAUGCAGUCUCGCCGGCAUCAAGUGUCAGGUAGACCGAAUGUCAUUCCCAUGCGGUUGCACAAAAGAGGGCUGCAGCAACGCAGCUGGUCGGAUUGAGUUUAACCCCAUCCGCGUCCGGACGCAUUUUCUGCACACCAUCAUGAAGCUUGAACUCGAAAAGAGCAGAGAACAGCAGCAGAGCUCUGGCACUGCUGCCACUGGCAACGGUUUCCACACCGACCCAAAUGGUCACUGCAGCCCGCUGGCAAUGGGCCAGCAUGCACUGGAAUACGCGAUCCCCGAUUCCAUUCCACCCAGCACCAUCAUGUGCCUACAGGCUGGUGACGACAUGGAUGAGGCCUUAGAAGAGGAAGAGGAGGAGGAAGAGGAAGACGAGGAUGAGGAAGAGGAUGACGAAGAUGAGGAAGACGAGGAUGAGAGCAGCAGUCUAUGUAGUCUCUCCGACUCCAGCACACAGAGUUUGGCAAACAGUGACUCGGAGGAGGAGGAGGAUGAUGAUGAUGAAGAUGAAGUCAAGACGGAGGAAUUUGAUGCUGGACUGCGGACUACAGCAACGUCUUGCAGUGAAGUUGCUACGCCUUCUGUGAUGUGUUACCCAGAGAAUACGGUCACAUCAGAUAACCAAACUAAUGGCAAUUCCUACUACAUCAGCUCCAACGCGGAGUACUAUCAGUUGGAAAACGCUGCGCCACUUUUAACCACCACCAACCACGCUAGUGAUGCCUACGUAGGGGACUCAGUUUCCUAUCAAGACAGGAUUAAUGACUCAAGUAGGGUCAUGUCUCAGGGUCCCUUUAAUGUGACCACUGACCAGUACAUGGAUUACUCCCAACAGCCUGAACAGCCAUACACCAAUCAGCACUUCACCCUCACCAAUGGAUCGACGGCCAUGAUUGGCUGUUGUGCUCCAGACAUGGAUAAAAGUGUCCAAUCCAAAGGGUCCUUCCUCAGCCAAUCGGGAGAGCUGAGCCCGAUGAAAUUCCCAAACUAUCUGAGCAACAACAAUACACAGGAUGGCUACAUCACCAAUGGGAACUGCUACGUUGCUGAACAGCCAAAGGAGAUGCCUCACAAUCUUCCUGACAUUUCGCUAACGGACAAUGUGAAAGGACCGACUUUACAGGAUGCUUUCGCAGAGCCUACCCCAGUUUAAGUUUGAGACGUUUGAUUCAAAGUGUGGUGAGAUUAUAAAAGUAGCCUUUAAUUCUGCACACCGUUGUUUCAGUUUGAAAAAUGUAUUCUAACUUUGGCGAGGCGGAUCCAUAAAUAUGUAUUUUUACUGGAAUUUUGAAAGAACAAAACAGUUUAAGCUGCAAAUUCCAAAUGUACAGCAGAAAUGAUCAGCUUUAUGGCCGAAAUAUACUCUAUGCAAAUAUGCGAACGCAGACAUUUCUAUUGUGUUCCGAAAUGCAUUGGAACAGAAUUCAUAACGCAAUGCACAUGCAUUGUAUUCUUAGCACUGCCACAAGGGGCGCUACACUGUAGCUGGCAUUUGCAUAAACUCUCUUAUACUACAGUCAAGUUUCUAUUUCAUGUCAACUACUAUCAACAACGGUUUGAAGAGAAUCUUGCUAAACAAGUUAGUUAAACUGAUGCCUCGUUUAUAGCUAGCUAGCUAGCUAAUAAUAACACAGCUAGUUUAAAGGCACAGAAAUUUUAAGACAACUCUUUGUUACUGUCAAAGUAACAAAAAACCGGGACCGUGCACUUGCAAUGCUGGCAAAGCGUUUAUGUAUUUGAGUAAAGUAUAUUUCUGGCCUUAUGCUAACGCAGAGUUCUUGUAAUUUCAAAAGUUCUAGUUUUGAGAAGAAAUGUGGAUAGAACUUUUCUAUGUAUCCGUGUCAGUGUUGCAAAAAAGAAAACAGAAAAAAUAGAUCGUUGCUGUUUGUGUUCUGAAGUAAGUGUAUAUCUAAAUGUUUGAUAAAAGCAUGUUUUUUUCUUUGUUUUUUGCAUUCAUUGCUGGUUUAUGGUUUUGUAAGAGUUCGAUGUACUGUAAAAGAGAAAAUACUGUGUUUCGUACACGUAUAUCAUGCUUUUCAAGAGUUAGUAAAAGCAUGAAAAUGGCUCUUAAAAGAUGUGCUGAUCAUUUGCCUUUCGUUUACAAAACCAAAAUCAUAAUUUUUAUGUUGUGAACACGAUACAUUUUGUGAACGUAACUGCACUUUUCCAUUGGCUGAUGUUACACAACCAUAACCAAUAAUUUCCUGAGCACUGAGGGGGGCGGGGCUAUCUGGUACCGUGUCAUGACAGUGGCUAUGUUCAGAAUAGCAUGCUACCAUACUGCAAUUGGUAUUGCUUCAGUUUACUUACAUUUGUUAAAAUGUGCAGUAUACAGUUCAACCUUUAUUAUUUAAUCAUUUUCAUAGGAUGAUAACUGGACCCGACUCUAAUGCAAUGUGACCUCCAUACUACAGUUUGAACUGUGAAAUAAUAACUACAGAAUAUUAUAUAAUAGCAUGCAGAACAAAUUUAUAAAGAGUUGUAAGGAAAGGAAUACUAGCCUAGUACUUACUGAAUAUGGCACAUAUUGGCAAAAAUGUGUAGAAUUAAUAAAAAUAGUAUGGUAAAACGAUAUUCCGAACAUAGCCUUUGAUCUUAUGUUUUUAUAACAUAUUUCCACGUUUUUAAUGGAGACAUUAAGUGUUUUUCCAUGACGUUAUUAUUAUCAGAAAACUAUAGUACAGUAUAUCACUAUCUGAAUUUGCUUUAAAAAGGCAGAGAGUAGAUAGAAAAUUAGUUAGAUGACAGAUAUCACUUUUUAGACCAGAUUAAGAUGAAAAUGGUCAACUCAGAACUCUCUGUCUUGUAAAAUGCUGAAAUACCGAAGUCUUGCAUUAUCUUUGGGAUUAUACAGGGAUUUGUGAUGAAAUGCACUUUGACGCAUUCCAUUUCAAUCAGGUGAAGAUGAUUUUUAAAAGUGUGACAAAGAAUGAAACUCUAGAUGACAAAAUAUCUAAGAGUUGUAAAGGGUCGUAAGUAAAAAUGUAUUGCACAAAUAAUAGUGUUGAAUGGAUGGAGGCCAGAAAGAUGAACGGAUUUUUUCCACAAGUUACAGCGCAAAAUAUUUUAUGGCAUGACAUUUGUUUUCCCAGCUAAUAUGUGGAAAUAUUCUUUCUGUAAUUGUGCUGAAGAUUUGGGAAAAUACUAAUAAUUCUUGUCAUAGUGAUUUAAUUUACAAAUGAACUAUGGCUGAGCAAAUCAUUCUGAAUAGUAAUUUGUUAAGUGCAAUAGUUUACACAGUGGCUAAUAUUCAUUUCACAUAUUUGUUUGAACCCAGUUAAAGGGACACCCAAAAAUGACAAUUCUGUCAUCAUUUACACACCCUUAUGUUGUUCUGUACACAAAGCUCUUGUGUGGCUUCAGAAAACCUGCAACAUAGUGCACAGGUUAUCUUCAGAAAUUCUACUUUUGUGGUUUGGAAUAAUAUGAGGGUGAGUAAAGAAUGACAGAAUUUUCCGUUUUGUGUGAACAAUCUCUAAUAUUUAACGCACAAACAUUAUGAUGUAUCUGUCAGUUUGUUUAUCCUCUUAAAGGAAAGAGAGUCAUUUUCUAAUGGAGAAUGUCUCUCAAUAAGCUUGAGACAGGACAAUCAAAUGCCUUUUGUGUCAUCAACAUAGUACCGUGACCUUGUGGGGUGGGACUGAAAUGAUCAAAUCUUUAAAGGUGAAGUGUGUCACUUUAAGAUGUUCUCUUCUACCCCAGCUUAAUGCGGCUGAUUUCCCCAACAAUUUUAAGAUUGAAUCUGGUGGACUAUAAAACUGCCAAAAAUAAAAAAUCCCACGGACUUACAUUGAAGGGGGGACCAGAGCCACAUCUAGGGACCAGAACACCUUAGCAACACCCUAGCAACCACCAACAACACCCUCGCCUCGUAUAAGGGUGGCGAGUUUUGCACGGGCAUGUUUGAUGCCACAGUGGUGCAGCAAUAACACACUUCACCUUUAAAGAUUAAACGUGUUCUUAAAUUAAGGGAGAAGAUCAUGUGUUUUCAAAUGAUUGAAAAUACUGAUUCUAGAAGGAUACAAUUUGGUGGGCAGCAGCAUUGAAACACUGCCUUAGCUUAAGUAAGCUAUGUUUUACUUAAAAACGUGAACGCCUUCAUUUUGUUGCCAUUGUGUCUGAUUAUAAGAGGUCAAAUUAACAGUUUGUUUUGCCUUUUAGGAUUUAUUUUCUGUAUUUUGAUUCAGAUUUGUUUCAAUUCACCUCUUAUAUACACCAUGCUGGUACAAGAAACCUCAUUCUUUGAUGAAUUAUGGGAUAUAAAAUACAAGUGUAUAGAUCUAUCUAUAGUGGUGCCGGAUUCGUCAUGUCAUGUUACCAGUUAGAUUCUCCUCAUUCUGUUUUCAGUAUUUGUAAUAAAUGAUCUAUUAUAAUGUGUAUUUAUUGUGCGUUCCUUAAAAGGUAUGUAUUGAAUAAAAAGUUUCUUUGUUAAA